AUGGCGGUCGAAACGCGAUGGGGUAAGAGGAAGGAGAAUCCAACGGAGGAAGAGGGUCCGAGAGUGAAGUUUGCAAAGACGGUCUCCGGAGAAAAUGCGGAGAAGACGACGACGGAGAAGACGACGAUGGAGGAGAGUGAAAUGAGGGCGGUGGAGGUUGUUGAAUCGAUGGCAAAGACGACGGAUGAAUCGACGGCAAAGACGACAGAUGUCUCGAUGGAGAUGACUCAGACGACGGAUGUCUCGACGGAGAAGAUGAGAAAGGACUCGCCUGAGAAUACGGCGGAGAUGACGGAGCCGUUUAAUGUGGUUGCAGAAGCUGCUCCGACGACACUGAACAAAGGUCCAGGAGAUGAAGAGAAUGAGGAAACCGCUUCUGGAGAUGAAGAGUAUGAGGAAACCGCUUAUGGAGAUGAAGAGAAUGAGAAAACCGCUUCCGGAGAUGAAGUGAAUGAGAAAACCGCUUCUGGAGAUGAAGGGAAUGAGGGUUCUGAAGAAGAACAAGAAAAACCAGAUGGAGAGAAUGAGAGUUCUAACCAGGACUAUGAAGAUUAUGAAGAAAAACCUCCAGAUGGAGAGAACGAAGUGAAUGCACGUUCGGAAGAAGAACAAGCAAAUGGAGAAGGAGAAGAGGAAGCAAACGAGAAUGGGAAUCCACCUGAACCUCAGGUUGAUAUCUGGGCUAUUCUGCCACAACUAUCCUCUCGGCGAAAAAAAGCUUGGUGGGACGAAUUGGUGAAAAUAACGUUGAAACUGAUGAGAACAGUUGACAAGAAGGUUGACCAAUUGGAUGGGAGGUUGGCCCCACUUGAGGAGUUUGUCAAGGAGGCACAAGCUAAAGCAGGAGAAGAAGAAGCACCAGCACAAGAGAAAGCAAAGAAACAUAAACGCAGGAAGAAGUGA